AUGCGGGCUGGCCUGAGCGAGCGCCUGCCAAGAGAUUGUCAUGUCUUCGGCAACGUCAUGGACACUUUUGGGGAUGGAGAUACUGCCAUGGAACGUUUUUCGCAGUUGGAGAGCUACCAGGACAAGCUAGACUUGGCGUCCGAGCUGCCAUUGUUUUCCACAGCGUAUUGCCACCGUCAUGGGCGGCGCUGUCCUAUAGAAACAGGCGCCGCGGCGAGGGUGGGCGGCGUACCAUGUCAGGAUUGCAGCUCUGCAGGAAAACAGCUGUUCGAGAAUGGCAGCAACUACCCUACAACACUGGGUUUCAGUUACAAAUGCUCCAUGGCAAACACGCCUCUGCCGGUCAUCGAAUGUGUUCCCAACUUACCUCGGCAUGCCCCGCUGGAUGCUUUCCAGCAUGACAAUUUUGAGUGGAUUCUCGACAGAACGCUGUUGCCUGAGCAGUUCGGCUUUGAAAACAUUGCUCGGCCCAGGUUGUACAUGGGCGCCAUCAACACUCGUGUCGCGGAGACUACCUAUGACGCUGGAACGUUGCUGGAGUACUACAUGCGCAGCGUGAAAAGGGACAAGCCUCGAGAUGCGCUCUGCGCCAGUGCCUAUGACAUCCAUGAGGAUUGCCUCCGACUAGCGGCUGCGCGUGCGUUGCUCCCCGAGUCAGACACUCCUUCAGUUGCCCCGCGCAGCCUGCUCCAGCCUGGUGAACGGCAAGCCUGCAACCUAUACCUGGAACGAUUCCGGUCUCGCUUGAUGUCAGGUGAGGGUGCGUGCGACUGGAUGGAUUUGGUUGUGCGCACAGGUGAUCGACCUGGGCCAUAUGCCGGUUCUAAGGGCUGGUGCACAUGGACGGCAAACUCCCGACGCUUCGCCGCAGCAGUGGGCUUUACUGGGUCAUGGCCCAUGGGCGGCAUGUGCUCAUUCGCGAAAUGUACACUGCUAUGGGAUUUCCUGCCCGUGGAUUUCUUUUCAAUCGUCCCUAGAUGGCACACGCAAUCCCUUACGAUUGCUUCCCUGCAGACUUCACUUGGACGGACGCCAAGAGAGCUUUGGGCAACUCUCAACACGUUGCCUGCGUAG